GCGACGGCGGAACCUUGGACGCGGGGGCGGGGCGGAAGCAGCGGCGCCAGGGGAGGGGGAUGGAAGGGCGCGCGGCGGCGGCGGCGGAAGCGGCGGCGGCGGAAGCAACUGCGGGGGCGGGCGCACAGGUGGAGGACGAGGAGGAAAAAACUAUGGCGGCGGCCAUGGCUGCCAUGGCAGCGGGAGGCGCGGGCCCAGCCGUGCUGCAGGUGGCCGGCCUCUACCGGGGCCUGUGCGCCGUGCGCAGCCGCGCUCUGAGCCCGGGCCUCGGCCUAGGCCUGGUGGGGACCGAGCAGCUGCGGCUUUUCUCCGUGCGCCGGGGCGCCGGGAGCGGCGAGGCCGAGCUCGAGACCAACCCCUACUACGACAAGUACCGGGACAAGAUCCAGCAACUGCGCAGGUCCGACCCCACGGCCUUCGAGUCCCGCCUGGAGAAGCGGCAUGAGCUGCGCAAGCAGCCCGUGGGACACUCCAAGCAAGCCGACUUUAUCAAGUGUGUGGAGCAGAAGUAGGAGGCCCUGGGGAAGCAGUCUUCACAGAGAGGAUUCACUAAAGAUCAGACGCUCAGCUCAUUCUUCAACCUCGAGAUGGUGAAAGAUAAAACUGGAGAAGAAAUCCGGCAGAUUUGGCAGCAGUAUUUCGCUACAAAAGAUACCAUCUACGCCGUGAUCCCAGCAGAGAAGUUCGACUUGAUCUGGAGCCGAGCCCAGAAGUGUCCCUCAUUCCUGUGUGCGCUGCCCAGGAGGGAAGGUUACGAGUUCUUUGUGGGACAAUGGUCAGGGUCCGAGCUCCACUUCACUGCCCUGAUAAACAUCCAGACUCGGGGGGAGGCGGCGUCGAGCCAGCUCGUCUUGUACCACUUCCCUGAGCUCAAGGAGGAGAAGGGCAUCGUGCUCAUGACGGCAGAGAUGGACUCCACUUUCCUGAAAAUCCCUGAAGCGCAGUGCAUCGCCAACCAGGUGCAGCUCUUCUACGCCACUGACCGCCAGGAGACCUACGGCCUCGUAGAGACCUUUAACCUCCGACCCAACGAGUUCAAAUACAUGUCCGUUAUCGCAGAACUGGAGCAGAGCGGGCUUGCAGCUGAGCUGAGGCCCUCGCGAGGACCGGACACGGCCUAGAGCUGAGGCCAUUGUACUGAGGGUGGUGGUCGCGGACAGGGGCCCGAGGACAUUGUGCUUCGUACACACACUCAUACACUCACACACACACACACACACACACACACACUCACUCACCCAGGCGCUGAAUUCCCUCAGUGUGUUCCCCAGGUGGGGAGGGGGAUCCCAGAGUUGGCCCAGCUGCUUGGCCUGGAGGCCUUGGGCUGUCCUUGGGAAGCAGCUGGAAGCCGGCUCAGUGACCCCAGAGGACCCUUGGCUUAACAUCCCUCUCCCAGAACGGGCCGCGGUUGCAUGCCGGCGUUGGCUCUGCAGUCCCUCCAGGCUGGUCGUCCCUGUAUGGUCGAAGGAGAGAGGGCCUCCCUGCGGCCGUGCCCGGGGCCCUCCCUGUGGCACGUUCAUGCAGGCCGGGGCGGACACCUUUCAUCCACAAGGGUCUGCAUGACUUAGCUGGCACUGUGUGGGCUUGGCCGGGCGCCCUCUUGUGACCUCCAGGGCUGGCACUUGGUGGAGACAGCAAGCAGCGGCCCCUGGGCACGCCCCUCCCCCACCGAGGAAACCCUGGCGGGCCUCCCUCUGCUCCCCCGCCCUGUAGAAGUAGUCUUUCUGUGCGGCCCGGGGGCACCGUAAUAUCCCGGGGGCUCCCGGCCCCGCUCUCAGGAUGAUGUCCACCAGCUUGGGGCCCAUCACGUGACAGUGGGCGCCAUCCUGGGCAAGCAAUAAAACCACUUCUGGCUCUCCA